UGCUCCCCGCUUAAAAUGCGAAAAAUUUUCCUAUUAAUUUUAAUGAAAAUCUGUAUGCACAUGACGUAAAAUAUAGAGUUUCAGUACUCGUAGUGAUUAUAGCCAAAGGUGUUCCGUUUCCUGCAUGAUGUGCAUCAUUUCAUUUUAUUUCAUUUUUUUUUCACCGAAUAUUAAACAAGAAUAAAUGAUGCAUCAUUUGCAUCAUUUGCAUCAUGCAUGAAACAAAAUGCACCUAAAGAACAGAUUUAUGUCAUGAGUGAUGAGUGCGGUGUAAUGCCGCAGACCAAAUUUGUUAUUCAUAAAAAUCAAACAUCCGCUUUUGCGAGAAGAUUCUCAAUAUAUUGAUCUUAUAAAAAAGUAUCGAUUUAUAUUUUUUACAUCACGUAAUAGUAGGUAAUCUUUUUAAGCGCCACUUUCAAAUCAAUUGUUUAAGUCAUAACAUGUAUACACACGGUAUUUAUUUAAUAGCCGGAUUUUAAAAAAUUGACAUUUUAAAUAUCUCGAAAAAACCCUUACCAAUGGCAAAGGUGAAAAGUGCAAACAACACGAUAUAUGAUUUAAUAAUUAUGUAUUACGAAGAAUGUGCUGGAAAAUGGCGAACAUUUUUAUAUCAUCCUAAUGUUUGUAUGUACAUUCUCAAAUUUAAGGAACAAUUUGUUCAUAAUCCAUUUCUCCAAGUGAUUAUCUUUGUUGUGGUAGCAUCGUUAUUAACUCCUAUUCUUCUCUUUGUUGUAUUUGCUAUUAUCAGUGCUGUAUUUGCAUUUAUCGGUUUUAUAAUGAUUCAAGUGACAGUUUUGGCUAUUGGUGCAAGUAUUUUAAGCUGCAUACUUUUCUGCAUUGCUAGUACUUUUAUAAUGAUAGGAUUAUGUAUCAUCUUUUCUUCUCUUUUCAUCUAUUAUAUAUUUUAUUAUACAAAUCAUGUAUUUAACCUCUUAACCUAUGAGAGAACCUGAUAAAAAAAUUUAGAUUGUUAUGUUCUUAAUAAGAUUAAAAAAAAAAAAAUAAAUAAAAAUUAAAAGCAUA